UCAUCCUUGGCGGGGCGAUAAUAUCUGCUCUCGCUCACCCGGCAGCUAGUCCAAGCUGUAUCGCUUCAAACGACACCAGUGAAGGGACCUCUGGUAUCUCCGUACGACUAAACGAGGCUUUUGGGAGUGCCGUUCGCGAGAAAUGGGUACCGGGGAUUGCUGCCAUCGCGCUUAACAGGAACGGCAGCGUCAUCUUUCAGAAUGCAUGGGGCACAGUUGACAUGAAUGACCCGUCCUCGGCUCCCAUCACGUCAUCCACCAAGAUGAAUAUCGCUUCGCUGACCAAGGCAGUCACCGUCGCCGCUGCUCUCCAGCUGGUCGAGCAGGGCAGAUUAAACGUCGAUGACCUAGUCGAGGACUAUCUUCCAGUAUUUGGGGACCUCGACGUUCUGGAGGGCUUCACCGACGACGAAAAACCAAUCCUCCGCAACGUCAAGGCCAAUGCCACCAUCCUUCAAAUCAUGCAUAAUCGGGCCGUUCAUUUAUUCGUCGGUAUCGCGGAGUUCUGCGAAAGUCCGGAUCAACACUUGGCGGUGAGGGGAACAUAACAUCCAGCUGGCUUGGCGGAAAUUACUUCCGACGUACACGGACCAAAGGUCUCCUCGAUAAUGUGGCUCAUCCACAAGACUUGGUAAAUAUGUCGUCCAGCUUGUUUGCUCAACUUUCAAAUCCAUACUGCGUCCCUGACAGAAGCGGUGAAUAUUUACCCCUGCCAAUCCGAAUGUGGGAGUCAUGAUUACCGUGUGGAAAUUGAUG